CCUUUAUUUACUGUAAAAUAAUAACGAUAAUGGUAACUCGUAGGAUGAGGUUAAAACAGGAUGUCAUAAAUACUAAUAAUCAUGUGACUUAAGUUGUAUGUAUAUUCAUAUCUUAAGCCUGAAUGUACAAUAGCAACAUGUGCUUAAUUUCUUAUUAAAUACUAUUUUGCCCCGUUUAUCUUAAGUCUGUUCAACAACAGUGCAACUUCCUCCUUGUUGCAGUGAUUGAGACUGGAAUAAGUGUCAGCACAGCUUUAGCAGAACUGAACGAGCUCAGCAAAACACAACAAACCAGUUUGUUGUGACAUAUUAUUAUUAUUAGGUCAUGUUAUCACCAACUAUAUUCAGUACAGUCUUGUAUCUGCUUGCUAAUUAUCUUCCUACAUGUCACUUUUUGUCUCCCUCCCCAGUUCUUAUGCCCUCCAUGCUAGGGGACGAUCCACACAUGAUGGCUGAGCCAGCCGUCCAGAUCUACGAGGAGCCCAAGCAGAGGGGGAUGCGCUUCAGGUACAAGUGCGAGGGUCGCUCGGCCGGGAGCAUCCCCGGCAAGAACAGCUCCGACAACAACAGGUCCUACCCCAGUCUGCAGAUCCUGAAUUACUGCGGCAAAGGCAAAGUGCGUGUCUACUUGGUGACGAAGAACGAGCCGUACCGGCCGCAUCCGCACGACCUGGUGGGGAAGGACUGCAAGGACGGAUUCUAUGAGGCCGAGUUCGGCCCGGACCGCAGGGUGAUCGCUUUCCAGAACCUGGGCAUCCAGUGUGUGAGGAGGAGGGAAGUGAAAGAAGCGAUCGUGCAGAGGAUGACCCGAGGGAUCAACCCCUUCAAUGGUGAGUCCUCACGUCUCAUGUCUGUUCUUUUCAGCCCACUAGUGUAGUAACAUGUUGGCUUUAGAGGCCGACCGAUACUGUUAAAUACACAUCAGGGAGCCACGCGUUGCUUUAUUAUUGUCAACAUGGCUUCUGUGGUUUACUUUGGGUAAACUACACUACAGCACCCAAUGUGUAUUAAUCCACAGCUGAAAAUAGUCCCCAACAAAUGCACUAUUUAUUUAAGCUAUAUUUGAUUUGAUAAAAGCUACAGUGCCCACCUACUUUAGGAGCUCUUAAAAAGUGCAGCUAUAUAUUUGUGGUUUGUUUUUUAAAGAUCUACAUCUUCAGUAAAUAUAAAAGUUGGUUUGGUCCUUUUAAUGGGAUUUGUUUUUACCGUGAAACAAAAGUAAAGGCAGCGGCGUUUUUUUUCAUGCAAUUAAUUACGAUACAAAAUACGUCAUUAAAUACCGUGAAUCGCAAAUUGUGAUGCUUUUGAGUGUCUUUAAAAGGCGGUAGCUAACAAGUGGCUAAAUAAGACUACAAAACGUCAUCACUCCGACUAGUACACCUGCACAGCCUCCGGAGGGGGAAAACAAUUGGCGCCACAAUAUGCGAACAAAGGGCUGAAACGCUAACAAAAUGCCUGCGGCUAGCUAAAAACAUUUAGCGUGUCAAAUUUUAGCACGCUAUGUCAACCGGGGGGUGGAGUUGAUACCUAAAAGGAUGAUUGGACAAGUUAGCAGGCUGUUAGCUAUGUGUUAGCAAGCUAAUGUAGUUAGCCUAGACACUUGCAAACACAAUAGGGCAUAGCAUUCUGACGUGGCCACAUUCCACUAUGACACAUGUCGAAUACUGUCAAAAUGCGUUAGUAACGUUAGCUAGCUUUAAACCGACAUUUGGACAAAAUGCUUGCUGCACAUGUAACGUGUGUCAGAAUCCCACCCGUCUUUGCUGAUGCCUCACUUUUUUGUUCGGCAACUUAUAAAAACAACUAUAUAUCUAAAAUUGAAGCCUCUAAAUCUAUCUGUAAUAACAUACAGUUGUGUGAAAAAGUGUUUGCCCCCUUCCUGAUUUCUUAU